AAUUAUUAAUUAAAAUAAACUUUAAAAACCAUAAAAAAAUCAAACAAACAGAGCCUCGCGAACUUCUAAGGAGAAAACAAUCACCAUUUUCAUAUGUUAAUUUUUAUUAAAAUUUACCUUGUUAUCUUUACUUUUUUUUUUUUAAUAUCCUCUCUGUAGAAGAGAAAAGAUAAAACAGUCAUAGUUAAAAAUUGAUAAUACCUGACAAUUUUGGUCAAGAAGUCAAAAUUUAUAAAAAAAAUUUGGCUCUUUCUCUUUCUAUAUCAUCCUUUCAUCUGUUCAGCAUCAUCAUCAUCAUAAUGUCCAUUUCCAUUCUUUUUGUAUCUUCCAAGAUAUAAUGAUUCAUUUGAAGAGAAGAAACCAAGCCCGUGUCAUCAAAUUUAACCUUUCCUUCAAUUUCCACCAGGUAAAAAUGCAGAUAUUAUUACCGUGUCUUAUAGAGAGUCUACGUCCGACUGUUCAACAACUAGCGCGUGCGAUAUUAUCUCAUAACCGGCGGAAACGGUGUUACACACGUGGACGUCAAGCGCGUUGUCUUCACUUUCCAUGAACCUUCUGAAUAAUACUAAUACUCGAGUCAAUGCCAUCUCUCCGAAUUUAAUAAUUGUCCCUCCAUGUUGAUAAUUUUCAAUACAAAUUCCCCUCUACCUCCAACUCCCCCCCCGGGGCCCACACGCAGUCACACACUUGCCACCUUCUCUGCCCGUUACUUAAUCCCUCACCCAAUCAUCUAUUCUUGAAAAAUCUGAAACCGAUCUCCAUUAAGAAAACCGUUUAGUAGUUUCUAAAGUUUCUUGACGAAAAAUUCAGUUUAAUUUUUGAAGAACCCAGAUCAAAAAAUUGUUCAGGAGAGGCUUUUAGUCUUGAACAAUGGUGAAGUGCAGUAACAGUUUGAUUGGGAUACUGAACGUGUUCAGCUUGAUUCUGUCGGUUGUGAUUCUGGGUGGAGGGAUUUGGCUCUCCAAGCACGGAAGCACUGAAUGCGAAAGUUUCUUCCAGAAGGCCACCAUAGCAGUUGGGGUGUUCUUGUUGCUGGUUUCCGUGGCCGGAGUUAUUGGUGCUUGUUGUGGGGUUUCAUGGCUUCUCUGGUUAUACCUUGUGGUCAUGUUCCUCUUGAUUAUCCUCUUGUUCUGCUUUGCGAUCUUCGGGUUCGUUGUCACUAACAAAGGUGCUGGUGAGGCGCUUUCUGGGAAGGGUUACAAGGAGUAUAGGCUUGGGGAUUAUUCCAAUUGGUUGCAGAAAAGGGUCAAUGAUAACAAGAACUGGGCCAAGAUUCGGAGCUGUCUUCAGGACUCUAAAAUCUGCCAGCAUCUCCUUGAAGACAAAUCUGCUGAUGAACAGGCUUUCGAUCGGAGGAAACUUUCUUCUCUUGAGUCUGGAUGCUGUAAGCCAUCCAUUGAUUGUGGCUUCACCUAUGCCAAUGGAAACUGGACCGCUGGAACAGCUCCUCCAUCGGACAAUCCAGAUUGCAAAGCAUGGAACAAUGACCCUGCUCGGUUGUGUUACAGCUGCCAAUCAUGCAAAGCUGGUUUCCUGGAUAAUAUCAAGAGUCUUUGGAAGAGAAUGGCUGUUCUGAUUGUGGUUGUUUGGGUCAUCCUUGUCAUCAUAUACUCUGUAGGAUGCUGUGCUUUCAGAAACAACCGGGAGUCUAAUGCAUGGAAGCACCGCUACCCCUGAGCUGUGGUGUGGUUGAUGAUUCUUAAGUAGAUGUUGCAUUCUGUAGUAUGCUUAGGAUAUUGAGCGCUUCUGCUAGCUGGUAUAUUGGACUUAAUUCCCAUCUUUCUUAUUCAUGUAUAGUAUUAUGAAUCUUUCUUGAUAUCGCAGGAUCAGGGAUCUCCCACUGUAGUAGUUCUUAGAUCUUGCUAUGACACUGUUCUGUUUAAUUCAAGUUUUGUGCAGCUUGUUGAGUUCUGGGUAUCAUCUUCUUGAUUGAUGUCCACAUUUUCAGCCUUUGUACUUGUGAACUUGUUUUUGUGCUCCUGGAUUCUCACAUAUCAUAAGACUUCUUGCUUUUGGCAAUUGGUGAUAUUCUGAAUCCAAUUAAAACUCUAUGAUUUUCCCACAAUGGGAAUCCUCUGUGAUUUAGGUGUAUGAAGCAAGUCACAAACAUGGUUGAACAUUACUGACUUUCCAAUAAUUCUGAAUUCCGCGUUUUAAAUUGAAUUCUCUUCUUUCCCUUACUUUGCAUUUGUUGCAUACAAUUGUGCGGUUUUCUGGUAGUCGGGGGCAAGCAAGAUAGCAUAUUAUUUGAUGGUCUUUCACUUCUCUACCCACCAAUGAUGACACCUUUGAAUGGCUUUUGUUUGGUGGCUGAGUAAUUUCUCAGUUGACAAGUUUAGAUGUCUUUUUGUCUGUUUUCACCUAAGGCAACACGUUUCUUCGGACCUUAAAAUGUGCUUAGUCCAUC